AGAUGGAGAAGCUGAAGCUUAGCAAGACUGGUCGCUUGCCAAAGGCCGUGAUGAAUAAGAGGAUGGCUGCUUCAUGAAGCCAAGACUGGGUCGGCUCCCCUCUGCCACGUUACCAAUGCCUGGCCUCAUGGGGUUCGUUUUGGGUCAAACACCAUGGCAUCACCAACCUCCCUGCCAGCUCCUCGUUCCCAGUCCAAGAAGCCUAUGGGCAAGAUGGCUGACUGGUUCAGGCAGGCCCUGCUGAAGAAGCCCAAGAAGCGGCCUGGCUCUUCAGAAAGCGCCCCCAGUGGUGUACCACAGGCAACUUCACAGGACAGCCACCCACCCUCCAGCCUCACCUCUGUCAAGACUCCCACCACCCCUCCAGCAUCCAGGGAAGCCAGCAGCAGCAGCAGCAGCAGCGGCCGCUGGAGCAAAGACUAUGACGUCUGCGUGUGCCACAGUGAGGAGGACCUGGCAGCUGCCCAGGACCUGGUGUCCUACCUGGAGGGCAGCCCUGCCAGCCUGCGCUGCUUCCUGCAGCUUCGGGAUGCCACCCCAGGUGGCGCCAUCGUGUCGGAGUUGUGCCAGGCGCUGAGCAGCAGUCACUGCCGGGUGCUGCUCAUCACUCCUGGCUUCCUCCGAGACCCGUGGUGCAAGUACCAGAUGCUGCAGGCACUGACUGAGGCCCCUGCCGCAGAGGGCUGCACCAUCCCACUUCUCUCUGGCUUAACCCGGGCCUCCUAUCCUCCUGAGCUCCGCUUCAUGUACUACGUGGACGGCAAGGGCCCUGACUGCGGCUUUCACCAGGUCAAGGAAGCUGUCACACGUUGUAAGCCACGAGAGAGAGAUCUGAAGACACUCCAUUGAGCAUCCUCAUGUUACUGGACAGCCCAGCGAAGUUGAAGAAAGCUGGGAAUAGAGAGCCCUUCAAAGGCCUCAAGUUCCAGCAAAAGCUGCAACAGGAAAGGAAGGUGCGGGAAUCUGCAGUACUUUGUGUGUGACCCUGUGAUCAGAUUGCUACUCAGGCUUCUAUCAGCGAGGGCUCCUGGAAAGGUCACGAGGAAGUCAGAGUUCCCCAGGAAGGACUUGGGAAAGCUGCAGAAGGGAGGUGCCAGGAGGUGGUGUUGAUGCCCGAUGACCACCAGGUGUUUUGCCUCCUGCCUAAUUGAAAGUAAAGCCUGGUGGUUACCUGUUUUCCUCCCUUGAAGUCAGUGCCGAGGGAGCUCUGCAUCCCUCCUAAUGAAGUGACCUCUCUGUUGCUUGGGUGGCCCUGGAAAAGGGUCAGAAGAAAGCCGCAUCAAGUGCUCCAGAGUCAGCAUGGCUGUUCUCUCUCCCAGGGGAAUCCAGUUCGUUCACCUCAAGAAGCUACUAGAAAGAUGCACUCAGCAUUGUAAUGUACUGUACGUUCAUUGCACGAGUGUCAUGAAAGACUCAAAGCCCGAGCCAUUCUGGCUGCACAGGAUGGGGGUCGGGGGAAGAGCAGGUGCAGCAAAGAACAAGUAAAACCGAGGCCGAGAGCUUCGCCUGGGGUGACCCAAAAGCUACUGGCAACCACAAUAAACCCAGACAGACAAACUCGCUGCCAUGCAGUCCCUGCUGACUCACAGUGGCUCCUGUGGGUUGCUGAGAUUGUAGCUGUUAAGGGAGUAGAAAGCCCAGCGGAUCGCAGCCCAACUUGUCCCACUACGCCACCAAUAAUAAUAGAAGGCAAAACAUAAAUUGAAAUGAGUACAAACAUAUAUAUUUUUAAUAAAAGAAUAUUAUACCUUUUUUUUAAUGAUCACUUUUGGUAAUAUGGGGACCUCAUCAAGGGUCAGAGCAUCAAACAUCAAAGCAUCAGGGGCCAGAAUCGAUGCUGUCGUAGUCUCUGCCUUCACCUCUGAAAUGAGAGGAACCAGCAUUUCUUCUGGCAGGCGACUGAACGGCUGUCUCCUGGGUGAGGACUGAGACUUCCCCUGAGCUGUUUUCCUGAGUGAGAACUUCUUAGGAGAAGACGUCUAAGUUCAUGUAUAAUUUAAACCGAAUUAUACCUGAGUUCAUAAAUCUGCCCUAAACAAACAUUUCUACACAGUUUUCAUUCCUUUUCCCCUGCCCCCUCCCCACUUGCUCUAAGCUCUCUAAUUCAACCACAUUAGUCAUUCCUGUUUCUAAAACAUCAAGCUCAUUUCUGCUUCAGGGUCUUUCACAUCCCAUAUUUACGAUGCCUGCAUUACACUUUCCUGGUCUCACCUGGCCACUUCCUCCUCAUCAGUCAAGUCGGAGCUUACAUGUCGACACCUGAGCAGGCCCUCCCUGACCACCUCAUCUAAAGUGCCUUAUCCAUACUGCGAGGUUUUAGCACAUCGUUUUAUUCUAUCCAUUGUAUUUAAUCACCAUCUAAAAUUAUCUUAUUUGUUGGCCUCACCCCACUGCCUCUUGGAUAUGAAUGUUCUAAAAGUAAGACACCUCGUCUGUCUUGUGCAGACAGUACUACUGACAAUGCCUGGCAGCUAGAAAACAGGCCCAGUGAGGAUAAGUGACUUACCCAAAGUUGCACAGCUAGUUAGUUUAUCCAAGGAAGACUGCCGCCUAAAGUAAUACCAAAAAAAAACACCCCACAAACAAACCUCACUGCCAUCGAGUCAAUGCUGACUCAUAGUGACCCUAUAGGACAGGGAGAGCUUCCCUGUGGGUUUCCUAGACUGUAACUCUAAAGGAGAGCUGGUGGUUUUGACAGACCUUGCUGAUCCCAGCAGACCACUACGCCAGAAGGCUUCUUAGCCAGAACUAAUAGACACACAUCCCUUAAGUUUUACCUAAGGGUGGAAAAAAUUCCGAAUAGGUGAAUCAUAAUUCAUGCAACAGCACAUUUCUGGGUCAUAAAGUGGACACGGGUCAGAAAUCCAGAGACCCUAAGGAAAGGAGCCGGCAUUAUAAUGGUAUCCAUCCCUGUCCUCCCUCCUUUCUCUGACUACAGUGCAAAAAAGUGCUGUGUCUGUAAAGAAAGCAAUUGCAUUGAAACUUUAAAUGAACAUGGUUAACGGGUUCUGUAUAAAAAAUGACCAAGAAAUAAAACUGGUUCGAUAGA